ACCAUGUGAGAAAACGAAAGUGAAAGUUGCUCAUGUCCUAUAAAAGCGAGUGUCCAGAGCCUCAAACUCAAAGGAAAGGACUGAAGGGGAAACAUUUAUGUUCAUUUUUUCUAUUGGAGUCACUCUGUCCAGAGCCACAUAAGCAAAGAUCCCUUUCACCACCAUCUUACACACUGGACCUUUAAGUAAACAAUCUGAAUGCAUCUUCCUCCUCUGGGGUGAAUUCCUGCAUUAACAUGUAGUCUGAAUGUCCUACUUUACAGCAAUGGGAGGAGUUUGGUCCUUUUUAGCUCCUUCAGCACUCUUGGAGCAGCCAUGGAGGGAGGUGUCAGAGAAGUACCAGAGCAAUCUUAAGUUUGUGAAAUCUUACCAGCCUGAAAACAAACAGUUCAAACAUCUCAGGAUUCUGCUUCAUGGACCAGUUGGUGCUGGAAAGUCGAGCUUCAUCAACUCUGUCGACAGCGUUUUAAAAGGCAGAUCUGCCGGUCGAGCUUUGACAAAUGCAAACUCUGGGAGCAGCUACACCAGAAAGUACCGGACCUUCAAAUUUCACAAAAAUCCAGAGGCCACUUACUCUUUUGUUUUCAAUGACAUCAUGGGCUUUGAGAAGGAUUCUGACAGAGGAGUCCCUGUGGAAGACGUCAAACUGGCCCUGAGAGGACACGUGAAAGAAGGUUACAAGUUCGACCCUGACCAAGAACUGAAGGAGGGUGUUGAUGGCUACAACUCUGAUCCCACUUUGGAAGAAAAAGUUCACGUUCUGGUGUGUGUUGUUCGUGCGGACACAGUGUCUGGGUUAAGUGAUGAGAUGGUGGAGAAGAUGAGAGAGGUCAGAGUGUCAGCCAGUGAACUGGGAAUUCCCCAACUGGCUAUUCUCACCAGAGUUGAUGAAGCCUGUCCCGAGGUUAAAAAGGACACAAGCAAUAUCUAUAAGAGCAAGUACCUGAAGGAAAAGGUAGAAGGAUUCCACCAUCUGCUGGGCAUUCCACUGAACUGCAUCUUCCUUGUGAAGAACUACACUGAGGAAAUUGAGCCAAAUGACAAAAUGAACGCUGCAAUAGUGUGUGCACUGAAACACAUGCUUUUGUAUGGAGAAGACUUCCUCAACGACCUGGAAACAUGAAGACCCCUGAGGCAAAAACACAGUAGGCGAUUUGUAGGGGAAUGAGGAAAUAUUCAGCCAAUUUUUUCUGUCUUUGUCAAGCAGGCAAGCUUGAAGCAUGAAAUAUGGAAUAAAAAUGCAUAAAAAUUAGAUCCUAAAGUCUUUAUAUGAUUUCUCUCUUUGAGACUUUGCACAAUAGCAGGACAAUGCUCUGUCAUUACAUCGUUAGCUUGGUGUGACGUCAUCACGUGAUCUGGUCAACAACUCAGCUGUUGUGAUGGUGCCUUCACGUGCCGCCGGAAAGAAGUGAUUCAAAAGCUCUCGUCUUUAUUGUUGACUCCCAGUAUUUAAUACAUCACGUGCUCUAACAAAUUAAUUCUGCAUGGUCUCUGCUUCAUCUUGUUCAUGUAAAAAAUAAAAUAAUAAUCCGACAAACAAAUGAUUUUGCUAAAGAGACAAACAGAUAAAUAUUUUAAAUUAUGUUGUGAUGGAAAUCUGAAAAUACAAGAGGCUGGAACACCAAA